UAACUACUUCACUUUCAUCUCUUACUUUAUUUUCGUGGGAAUCAAUCGAAGAAUCCCAAAAUUAAUGGCGGUUUCCAAGCUUAAUCCCCUCUACUUGCUGCCCCCUCACAAUCCAACCUCAAUCCCUCAACCCCCAAAUCUUCCUCUUCUCCCCUUCAAAGACCCCUCAGCUCCUCUCUCUCUCAAAACCCGUCUCAAUCUCUGCAAUUUGCUGCGGGAAACUCCAUUCAAAACCACCAUUAACCAAAAUGAAGAACAAAAAGAGGGCCCAUUUAAUCACUACUGCGAAAAGGCUGAUUCUCUCUCGGUGGCUUUCCCUGCGCUCGCAUUUUCGAACACCCUUUUCUUCGCUACAAACGUUGCGCUGAUCGUGGGCGAGGACGACCACGAGGAGAAGCUGAUCAGCCGGUUCCGCCGCGAGGUGCUCAAGGCGGGCGUGCUUCAGGAGUGCCGGCGGCGGCGGUUCUUCGAGUGCAGCCAGGAGAAGCGGAAGCGGAAGUCGCGUGAGGCCGCGCGUCGCAACCGGAAAAGGCGCCCACGCCCACAACCUAAAGAUCAGACAAAGGACAAAGCAGAGACUUCGAAGAAGAAGACACAAGAUACCGAUGGUGAUGAUAACUGGGAGUAUUAUGACAUAGAUUUACCCUAUAGCUGACGUCUACUAUGCAGUAACGCAACGACAAGGGCUUGUUUUUUUUGUCGAGAAAGGCAGAGGCAUCGCUUAGACUAUUGUAAGUACAGCAACUGCGUUAUGUCCUGACAUGUUCAUAACUUGUUUAUGGAAUCGAACAUCUGACAUUUUGAACUAAUUCUGCUCUGAGAAAAAUGUGCUUCGUUUGUGUCUUCAUUUGAGAGGAUUGAAAUAAAGCUAUCUCGUUGUGCAAUGCA